AUGCCGCGCGAGAUCAUCACUCUGCAGGCGGGCCAAUGCGGCAACCAGAUUGGUAUGGAGUUUUGGAAGCAAUUGUGCGUGGAGCACGGCAUUUCAGCGGAUGGUAUUGUGCAGGAUUUCGCAACGUCAGGACACGACCGAAAGGACGUUUUCUUCUACCAAGCGGACGACGAGCAUUAUAUUCCUCGAGCGCUGCUUAUGGACUUGGAGCCGCGUGUUAUCAACACUAUCAAUACAUCAAGCUUUAAGAAUCUAUAUAAUCCAGAAAAUUUUUUUGUGUCGAAAGAAGGAGGUGGUGCGGGCAACAAUUGGGCGUCGGGGUACCAUCAAGGAGAAAUGCAUCAUGAUCAAUUGAUGGAGAUGAUUGACCGAGAAGCGGAUGGAUCUGACAGUCUUGAAGGCUUUGUAUUGUGUCAUUCCAUUGCUGGUGGUACUGGUUCUGGUAUGGGCUCUUACCUAUUGGAAAAUCUUAACGAUCACUUUCCGAAAAAGCUCAUUCAAACGUAUUCCGUGUUUCCGAACCAAGCAGACUUUCAAAGUGAUGUGGUAGUACAACCGUACAAUUCGCUACUCACAAUGAAGAGACUGGUACUGAAUGCAGAUUCAGUGGUCGUGCUGGACAACACAGCACUGAACAGGAUAGCAGUAGAGAGGCUAAGAGUGGAGAACCCAACGGUUUCCCAGCUAAAUUCGCUGGUAUCCACUGUUAUGGCUGCUAGUACCACGACGUUAAGAUACCCUGGGUAUAUGAAUAACGAUCUUAUUGGACUCGUAGCAUCAUUAAUCCCGACCCCUCGGUGCCAUUUUUUGAUGACAGGAUACACUCCUCUGACAAUUGAUGCGCAAGUGUCAACGGUAAGGAAAACGACGGUACUCGAUGUAAUGCGACGUCUGUUGCAGCCCAAGAAUAUUAUGGUGAGCACAUCGACGAAGACGGGAUGCUACAUCUCGAUACUUAAUAUUAUUCAAGGAGAUGUGGAUCCGACUCAAGUGCAUAAGUCGCUGCAGCGGAUUCGGGAACGAAAGCUCGCACGCUUUAUUCCGUGGGGACCUGCUUCGAUUCAAGUAGCUUUAUCGCGUAAAUCGCCGUAUGUGGAGACGGCACACAAGGUGAAUGGGCUCAUGCUGGCCAAUCAUACGAGCAUAGGCGCACUAUUCCACAAAUUAUUAUUACAAUACGAUCGACUUAAAAAGCACGGAGCUUUUAUUGAAAAUUAUCGAAAAGAGCCCAUGUUUGCUGACAAUCUGGACGAGUUUGAUAGCGCUCGCGAGGUCGUACAGAAUCUAGUGGAUGAGUAUAAGGCCAGUGAACGCGCUGACUACGCUACGUGGGGACAGCCGCCUGCUAAUAAUGGGCGUGCGGAGUUGAGUUAG